AAAUACGAACGGCGAAUUUCGUGGGUUACAGUUAUUAGUUAUUACUCUCACCCCCCUCUUGACUCUCUCCUCAUCCUUCCCCUCUUUCUCUCUACAUGAACCAGCCAUCCUUCCCCUCUUUCUCUCUACAUGAACUAGCCUUCUUCUUCUUCUUCUUAUGCUAAUUUCUAUGAAUGAACCAAAGCCCUUGUUUGGAAUGAACGUGUACAAUGAAAGAUAGAAGCUGUGAAUUUCGUUCGUUCACUGAUCAUCAACUCAUCCCAAGUUUCUCAAGGUUUGGUUUCACACACACACAAUGUGUGUGUGUGUUUGCAUGUGUCUUUAAGUGUGACCCUUUGAUCUAGCCUAGCUAGCUUUCUUUUCUCUUGUAAUGGUUUUUGAGUUUGUCAUUAUGUGCUUGCAUUUUUAACUCGUUUGAUUUUCUCCUCUGGGUUGAAGCUAAAUAUAUGCAAUAUUACAGAGUUCAUGUAUAGGAAAGGUCUCCUGUUUUAGUCCUAUUUAUAUACCAGAUUGUUUGUGUUCUUGAUUAUACUAUCCUUGUCUCUUCUUUUCUGGUGAAUACUUGAUUGAUAACUGAUCAAUGUGAAGCUGAUCAUCAGUUUAAACGGAUAUGGGGAAGAAAGGAAAUGGAUGGUUUACAUCUUUGAAGAGAGUGUUCAAAUCAUCAUCUCCUAAGGAAUUACCGGUAGGGAAAAAGAAAGACAAUGCAGAGAAAUGGCAACAUGAGGCUCCAGAAGUUGUGUCAUUAGAGCAUUUUCCUACUGGAAGUUCCCCAGAUGUUACAAAUGAUGAGAGCAAUGUAUCAACUCCAGUAACUGAAGAUAGAAAUCAUGCGAUUGCUGUGGCAGUAGCAACUGCUGCCGCAGCAGAAGCUGCGGUUGCAGCUGCUCAAGCGGCGGCUAAAGUUGUUCGCUUAGCUGGUUAUGGACGACAAUCAAAGGAAGAAAGAGCAGCCAUCCUCAUACAAUCAUUCUAUAGGGGCUACCUUGCUCGGCGUGCCUUACGUGCAUUGAAGGGAUUGGUGAGGCUCCAAGCAUUAGUGAGAGGCCACAAUGUAAGAAAGCAAGCACAAAUGACAAUGAGAAGCAUGCAAGCUCUUGUUCGUGUGCAAGCAAGAGUAAGAGCAAGAAGACUUCAAUUAGCUCACGAGAAGCUUGAAAGGAAGACAGGGGAAGAAGAUGAACGAAGACCACCAGUGGAAGAAGACUUUAUGAAUCCAAAGAAUCCAUUGAAGAGUUAUAAAUGGGAUAGGAGGAAUCAAAGUUCAGAUAAUUUCAAAGAAAAUGCUUCAAAGAAGCAUGAUGCUGUCAUGAAAAGAGAAAGAGCCCUUGCUUAUGCUUAUGCCUUGCAGUUGCAGCAGCAGCAACAAUUACCCUCACAAAAUAGUCCUAAUGGUAAAGAAACAGAACAUUUUGUGAACGAACACGAGAAGAUGCAAUGGGGAUGGAAUUGGCUUGAGAGAUGGAUGUCAGCACAACCAUAUAACGUGCGUCAUUCGGGUCCAAAUGAAGGGUCUUAUGUGACAGUAAAGACAACUACAACCACGACCACCACAGAGGACAUGUCCGAAAAGACAGUAGAGAUGGACACGGUGACCCCAACAGGCACUAGCAAUCCCUCCAUGGGCAUGCUAGACACCAAUCCAUAUUCGAAUCGACCCCAAUGGCAAUCAAGUUCAAGCAAUGUACCUAGCUACAUGGCUCCGACCAAGUCCGCAAAGGCGAAAGUGCGUUCUCAAAGUUUGAUCAAGCAACGUGCCCCAGCUACACCUCUGUGGAAUCCAUCCACCAAGAAAGAUUCAAGCAUUGUUGGUCCAGGUUGUGAUUCUUCCAGUUCAGGUGGUGGAACAACAGCUUAUCAAGCUCCAAGAAGUCCUAGCCCCAGACAUAACGGGACGCGUCUGCAUUCGAGAAGACAUGCUGGUGGAUAUAGCCCUGAUUUCAAUGGCGGUGAUGAUUGGAGGAUGCCUCCUCUUGAUGGUCAUGGAUGGAGGAAUGAUUUUGGUUGAUCAUGAGUGACACGAUUAUGAUAUGUUUAUACACUAUUUAUUGCUUGUUAUUGUUUCAUGUUUGCGAUGAUAAUGCCAUAAAACUCCAGCCCUCGAGGCUGUGGAAUGAUAUUGGUUUAAAUAUUUGAUGUUUACACA